CUACCGUAGCUACAGCAGCGACAUGUUAUUGUUCCACAGAAGAGCAAAUUAUUUAAGCACUUUAUGUUUCGCUGUGUUAGUAAUAUUGUGCUUGACUUGCUUUAAGAAUGAAAAUCGUCCAGCAAGAAAAUCGUUUCAAGCAAAAGAAACGCAAAGGAGAAUACAGGAUAUUCGGUAUGUAGAAUCUUCUAAAAAACGACUCAGCAGUGAAGCUCAUUGUACAAAAAAGUCACCGUGGGAUACGUACAGAAUUUGUUACAGUUUGCCUUACUCUGAGAUAGCUUGCAGGAAACCCGCAGCCAAAAACAGGAACGAUCCAUAUGUUGUACCAAACGUUGUUCAUUAUGUUUGGUUCGGUAAACGUGAGGUGGUUUAUUAUCAUUAUCUGUCAGUUCGCUCAGCAGCUGCAAACCAGCAACCGGAGAAAAUUAUAUUUCACGUCAACGAAGGACCACCUCAAGGUCAUCUAUGGAAGAGACUGGUAGAUGAAAUCCCAUGCCUGGAAACCCAGUAUAUGGAAAUGCCUGAGACUGUGUUCGGACAUAAAAUGGAAUGGAUUCUUCACAAAACGGACGUUGCUAGAAACGACCUGCUCAUAAAGCAAGGUGGAAUAUAUCUGGACUCGGAUGUUCUAGUUUUACGUUCACUGGAUCCGCUACGUCGUUAUCCUUUUACAAUGGGCAGAUCCACAGCAAAUUCUUUAAGCAACGGAGCAAUGCUGGCUCAACCAGGAUCUACGUUCCUACAAGAAACAAUUAACACGUAUAAGGAUUUCACAGCGAAAAAGUACAGCGGGAUAUUUGAAGCUGUUCUUUCCGUCCAAAGACCCCUCCAACAGUGGAAGACGAGACCUGAUUUACCGAUCCACGUCGAACUAACCACAAUGCAGCGACCCAAUCCUUGGCACGACGGUCGAGAUUGCAUUUCACACGACUCGUUCAAUAUAUCAGAUAACUACAUGCUUCAUAUACAUCCCGUUAAAUCAACUGUCAAACAUCCUCAGAUCGUGAACGAAACAGUUGCAACAUUACGAACGACAGAUACAACAUACGGUGCUGCAGCAAGAGCUGCUUUGUUCGGAUUUCAAGACUUUGUUUUCUUGAAAAACGAAACAGAAAUCGCGAAAAACAGACGUCCAGCAAAACCUAUACCCCCCAUCAUAGAUAAAUGAUCCCAGCUCUUUACUGUUUGUGGCAAUAUAGCGAUGCUUAUACAGCUGUGGUCCACGUUACAUGUGCUUGCAGGCAAACAGAGGUCCAUGUCACAUCGAUUAAACUAAUGUAUUUAUUAAAUCAAUGCAAUAAUGGCCUUGCACAUAUACAUAAUUGUUUUCGUGAAUUUUUAGCAGUGGAAAUAAAUUAUUAGUUCAUUCUUUCA